AAGCCUUCGCGUCCAGGACCAGGCAUGCGGGGAGCAGCGAGGGAGAGGCGCAUGCGCGGAAGUUGCUUGUCAUUUGUGCAGCAUGGCGGUGCUCGGAGUUGUGAGCAGGCUACUGUGGCAGAAACCAUCUUUGCCCGCUCUAUUUACACAACAUAGAACAAUUUCAAAUGUAUUUCGGAGCAUGAACCUGGGAGAGUAUCCCUCAUCUUUGCUUCCUGCAGGCAACAGUAUUCUGACACGGGCAGUGCCAUCACACUGGAGCUUGCUUCCUGUCCGAACCAAGAAGAGGGGCAUGGAAUACCAGCCUAAGUUCCUAAAGCGCCAAAGAACGCACGGAUGGUUCAAACGGAUAAGCACAAGGGGAGGUAUAGAAGUGAUCCUGCGCAGAACGCUAAAGGGGAGGAAAUCAUUGACUGUCUGAAAAUCUCUACCUUCUAUUAUGUUAACAUAUAUGUACUCUGGUUAUAUGCAAAGUAACGUCCCUAUGCUUUUAAGAAGCAUUAUGCCAAUUUUUGAUUCAUUUGAAAAAAUAAAUAAAAAGUGACAUUGUUUUCACUGUCUAUAAA